AUGCCACGCAAUCCGCCCCGUCGCGAUGGCAGUAACUGCAGGCCGGACAAUAAUCGCAAGCCGCACAGCAGUCGCUUUCGACCUCGUGAUGAACCGCCCAGGAAUCGCGACAACUGGCGACCCAAUCCCUCAUAUCCUGACCAAAGAGAUCGCGGCGGCCCCAGGUCAAGAGCUAAUGGCGACAGACCUCCGCAGUCCGAUAACUUUUAUGCGCCCCCCCAAGGAGACUUUACAUUUCGUAUGGAUAAGCCAGCAGGUGUUGGCGAGUCAAGUCCUGACCAGCGACGCGAUGGGCGGCGAGACCAGCGUCGGCCCCCGCGAGGGCGUCCAGGCCGAAAAUGGCAACCACCACCACCUCCCUCCGAGCGUGCUUUGAUAUCUGGUGCGACCCUAAAUCUACCUGAGGAGCGGCUCGACGGCGUGGAUGGGCCAAAUAAAUUUCGUGACCUGGAUGAACUCUCAGAUGAUGAUGAGCUUGCUAUGGACAUUUCGUCACAUUCCGAAGAGGAAGGCGGCCAGGAACCAUCGGCGAAAAGGCAGCGAACAGAUGCCCUCGAUGAGAGUGCCGCAGAGGCACCUCAGUGGUCCAACCCGGACCCCUACACUGCACUGCCAUGUCCUGACGACGUCACAAAAAAGAAGCGCGACGUCGUCAAGUUGAUUCGCAAAGCUCGUAUGGAGGAAAGGGAAAAAGUCGGGGCACCGGCGCAGGCUGAGGACUUUUUGUCCUUUGAUCCGACCGAAGAUGAAGACGAAACUAGCGAGGAGUCUGAAUCUGAAUCUGAUCCGGCAUCCGAGGCCGAUUCUGAACCGCCUCCUCCAAGUCUACCAGCUGCAUCGGUGCCAGUAAAUGCGGCUUCGUCAAAUUCCCUGCCGUCACGGCCCGUUUUUGGAGUAACCGCUGCUGCCAGCACAUCCGACCCUCUUGGAUCACGAAAGCGGACAAUUGAUGAUGAGAUUAAGCCUCCCAACUAUGGCCAAUUCAAGAAGGCGGGUGCCAGACCUGCCAAAGGCUCCAUCGCGGGUGCAUGGCUGACGAAGAAGGACGAAGAACCUUGUCCCUGGGCUACGGUAGACCACAGUGCAACGUCAGACAUGGCAUUCCGCCUUCACAAAGAAGUCAUUGAUUUCUAUGAGUACGUCCGGCCGCGGGAGUUUGAGCAACGCAUUCGGGAUAAUCUCGUCGACAAUCUGAAGAAGGCCAUGCGCCGCGAUGGCAGAAACUUUGCGAGUGCUCACGUCUUUCCAUUCGGCUCAUUUAUGUCGGGGCUCUAUCUUCCCACUGCGGAUAUGGACAUCGUUGUUUGUUCAGCAAGCUUCAUGCGAGGCGGCCCGCCAACAUAUCUUGGUGCCAAGAGCUGGCUCUACAAAUUUCAAAAGUUCCUGGUCACCCAGAGAGUCGCCGAUAAUGAUGCAAUCCAAGUCAUCGCCCAUGCGCGCAUACCUCUGGUGAAGUUUGUUGACAAAUUUACUGGCCUGAGAGUCGAUAUCUCUUUUGAGAAUCUCGGUGGCGUCGAUGCCGUCGAGACUUUCGUCAAGUGGAAACAGCUUUACCCCGCCAUGCCUAUCCUGGUCACUGUUAUCAAGCAUUAUCUACUCAUGCGCGGCCUCAAUGAACCGGUGAACGGUGGAAUUGGUGGAUUUUCCGUCAUUUGCUUGGUGGUUAGUAUGUUGCAGUUACUGCCACAGGUUCAGAGCCGAACUCUAGUUCCCGAACACAAUCUUGGGGAGAUGUUGCUCGAAUUCUUUCAUCUCUACGGGCAUCAGUUUGAUUACGAGGUGAAUGCUAUUUCUCUCACGCGGCCGGUCGGCUAUGUCAAAAAGUCCGACGUUCGUUCAUUUGCCUACAAGAGCACAGACAGACUUUCAAUCAUUGAUCCAAACAACUCUGGAAACGACAUUUCUGGGGGCUCUUCCAACGCAUCAACGAUCUUGGCACGCUUUGGCGACACAUUCCAUUCACUUCGCGAAAGAAUGGAAGAAGUUUCGCGGGACCGUUCCUGCGGUGGUAUACUCGAUGUCAUUAUGAAGGGUGAUUACUCAUCCUUCCGAAUGCAGAGAGCUUUCUUGAAGAAGGUUCACCAACAGUUCCUCGGGCCUUGCUCGGACUGA